GAGAGCAAAUCAGUGUUCAGUGAGCAGUUAAAAUUUUCACUGACACAGAAAUCUCAACUUUAGCCCCUUUUAGUUUUUUUUGUUCCGUUCGCCUGAAUUAUCAAUCAGAAACGAAUCGUAAAGAGGAUCUUCGUCUCCGGGAAUUGCCGAUCUCAGUUCAACACAUAUGUUUUCUGCAGAUCGGUAAUGGCGAACUUCUUAGCUCAGUUUCAAAGUAUUAAAACUACUUGCGAUCACGUCGUCAUUGCCGUUGAAGAUGUCAGUGAUUUAUGGCCUCUUGUAAAGAAAGGGUUUGAAGACCAUUUGCCAUUCAAGAGAGCUUUUCUAAAUAACAAGACCCGCAAUCCUGUGCUUGUGGAUGAACUGCCAGCUGAAUACAUAUUGACCACAGAUUCAAGACUUCGUAGUCGAUUUCCUCAAGAGCAAUCAUUAUUUUGGUUCCGAGAGCCAUACGCCACUGUGGUUCUUGUCUCUUGUGAGGAUCUUGAUGAGUUCAAAACUAUUCUCAAGCCACGCCUAAAGUUAAUAGUUCAAAAUGAUGAACGGGAAUGGUUCAUCGUGUUUGUGUCUAAAGCAGCAGCUCACAAUGAUCAGUCCACCAAGAUGGCAAAAAAAGUAUAUGCUAAACUUGAAGUUGAUUUUAGCUCCAAGAAGAGAGAAAGAUGUUGCAAAUUAGACUUUCAUGGGCCUGAUACAAAUUUCUGGGACGACUUGGAAGCCAAGAUCAUGGAAUGCAUCAGAAAUACACUUGAUAGGCGCAUUCAGUUUUAUGAAGAAGAAAUACGAAAGCUCAGUGAACAGCGUUUCAUGCCUGUGUGGAACUUCUGUAACUUCUUCAUUUUGAAGGAGAGUCUGGCUUUUAUGUUUGAGAUUGCUCAUCUCCAUGAAGAUGCAUUACGUGAAUAUGACGAGCUAGAACUCUGCUACUUGGAAACAGUGAAUAUGACUGGGAAACAGAGGGACUUUGGAGGAAUGGACAGCGGCGACGAUCAGGCUGCAUUGCUUAACCCAGGAAAAAAAGCACUUAACCAGAUUGUUCAAGAUGAUUCUUUUAGGGAAUUUGACUUCAGGCAGUAUCUAUUUGCCUGCCAAUCAAAUCUUCUCUUUAAGCUGACUCGACCAUUUGAAGUAGCAUCAAGGGGGCAUUCAUUUAUUAUUAGCUUCUCAAAGGCAUUGGCCCUUCAUGAGAGUAAAUUGCCCUUCUGUACGCGUGAAGUAUGGGUUAUAACCGCUUCCUUGGCUUUAAUCACUGCAACUGCUUCUCAAUACAAAGAUGGACAAGUGGCUUCUGACAUUGAAAAAGAGUUUUACCGGGUUCAGGGGGACCUUUAUUCUUUAUGUCGUACUAAGUUCAUGCGGCUGGCAUAUUUAAUUGGUUAUGGAUUACAUAUUGAAAGAAGUCCUGUGAACAGUGCUUCACUUAGCAUGCUGCCUUGGCCUAAGCCAGGGGUUUGGCCUUCUCUUCCUUCCGAUGCUUCAUCUGAGGUGCUUGUGAAAGAAAAGAUGAUGUUUGAAGAAAGUCUGCGGGUUAAGCAUUUUGGUAUUCAGAGGAAGCCUUUGCCUCUAGAACCAUCUGUACUUUUGCGAGAAGCAAAUCGCAAAAGAGCUUCUAUUUCAGCUGGGAAUGUGUUUGAAAUGUUUGAUGGACAUCCAAAUGCAAUUGAUGGCUCAGGUUCAACGUCUUCACCAGCAAAAUCACAGUCGAUAUCAAUGUCAAGAACUAACUCUUCUCCUGGAAACUUUGAGAGCUCAAUGAGCCGACCUUUGAGGCUUUCAGAAAUUUGUGUUGCUGCUGAACAUGCUUUGCGGAGUACAAUUUCUGAUGCAGAACUGUGGAAAUCAUUGUCUUCUGUCCAGGAAUUUGAGCAAAAAUACCUGGAGCUGUCAAAAGGAGCUGCCAACAACUAUCAUCGUUCAUGGUGGAAGAGGCAUGGAGUUGUACUUGAUGGUGAAAUUGCAGCUGUGUUCCAUAAAAACAGAAAUUAUGAUCUUGCUGCAAAAUUGUAUGAAAAGGUUUGUGCUCUUUAUUCUGGUGAAGGAUGGCAGAAUCUUUUAGCUGAGGUCCUUCCCAAUUUAGCUGAGUGCCAAAAGGAACUUGGUGAUCAAGCUGGCUAUCUAUCUUCAUGUGUAAGAUUGCUCUCAUUGGAUAAAGGAUUGUUCUCCAGCAAGGAACGUCAAGCAUUUCAGUCUGAAGUGGUUCGUCUUGCUCAUAGUGAGAUGGAGAACACCGUGCCUCUAGAUGUGUCCUCACUGAUAACAUUUUCUGGCAAUCCUGGACCACCACUGCAGCUUUGUGAUGGAGAUCCUGGUACACUCUCCGUCGUUGUAUGGAGUGGAUUUCCUGAUGACAUUACUCUAGAAUCACUUAGUCUAACUCUCACAGCCACAACUAAUACCGAUGAGGGUAUUAAGGCAAUAAAAAGAUCCGGUGAGACGAUAUUAAAGCCUGGAAGGAAUACAAUCAUGAUCAAUUUACCUCCGCAGAGACCCGGUUCUUAUGUUUUGGGGGUUCUUACAGGGAAAAUUGGUUUACUAAGUUUUAGAUCUCACAGCUUUUCAAAGGGUGCUCCUGCAGAUAGUGAUGAUUUUAUGAGUUAUGAGAAGCCAACAAGGCCAAUCUUAAAGGUGUUCAAGCCAAGGUCUCUGGUUGAUCUUACUGCUGCUGUUUCAUCUGCUUUAUUGAUGAAUGAACCUCAGUGGGUUGGAAUAAUUGUGAAGCCAAUUAGUUACUCUCUCAAGGGUGCAAUUCUGCACAUAGACACUGGUCCUGGGUUGACUAUUGAAAAAUCUCAUAAUAUUGAAAUUGAGAGGCACGUAAUUGGGCGCACAGAUGAGUUAGACCAUUCUGAAGGUUUUAAAGAUGAUGACAGUUCCGCAGCUACUCCCGAAGUUAAACAAAUGUCUCUUCAUGAUGGAAAUAUUGAGCUGCCUGAUUGGGCAAGCAACAUAACUUCUGUUUUGUGGAUUCCUGUGCAUGCAACCAGUGAUGAACUUCCUAAAGGUGCUCCUGCAGGUGCAGUUGCUCCGCAGAGACAGAACCUAGUGGAGGGACUGAGAACAAUAGCUUUGAAACUUGAAUUUGGGGUGUCACGGAACCAAAUAUUUGAAAGGACAAUUGCUGUGCACUUCACUGACCCCUUCUCUGUAAGUACACGAGUUACGGACAAAAGCGCUGAUGGAAAAUUGCUUUUGCAGGUGAUACUGCAAUCACAAGUCCAAGCUACAUUGACCAUCUAUGACUCUUGGCUUGAUCUUCAAGAAGGCUUUGCUCACACUGGAAAUGGUGAUAAAAAGCCAAUAUCUGGAUUCUUCCCCUUAGUGAUCUCUCCGAAAUCUAGAGCUGGGAUUCUCUUCAGUGUAUGCCUGGCAAGUGCACCAAUAGAAGAAGAAGCUGAGAUCCAGUGUCCUGAGAGCAUUUUAAAUAUUAGAUUUGGUAUUUUGGGAAAUAGAGCUGCUGGUGCCCAUGACCCCAAUGCUGAGGAACCAAGUGGACAUGAUGGAUCGACUCAGAGUCUGAUUUUCAAGAGCUCUCUUCUUUUACAGAGACCUGUGCUUGACCCUUGCUUUGCAGUCGGUUUUCUACCUCUUUCUUCAACUGAUCUUCAAGUAGGACAGCUUGUUAGCAUGAGAUGGAGAGUUGAAAGGUUAAAGAGUUUGGAGGAAAAUGCAGCUUCUGAAAACAAUGAUGAUGUUCUAUACGAGGUCCAUGCAAAUUCAGAUCACUGGAUGAUUGCUGGGAGGAAAAGGGGACAUGUCAUACUCUCUACAGAACAAGGAUCGAGAAUAACUAUUUCAGUAUUAUGCUUGCCGCUAGUUGCUGGAUACGUUCGUCCUCCUCAAUUGGGAUUGCCAAAUGUUGAUAAGGCCAAUAUUUGUUGCAAUCCUCCUAGUCCACAUUUGGUGUGCGUCUUCCCUCCAGCUUUAAGUUCUUCUUUCUGCAUACCACCCUGAAACCUUUGGUCAUCCUUUCCUCCUUUCUCAUUAAAAGCAUGAUGAGCUUCACAUGGAUGGUUUAACUUGGGUCUUGCCAGUGCUUGUACAAUAUGUAUUCUCUUUUCUAAAGGAAGCGAGUUUUUUUUAGUGUCAAAGAUGUAGACCUAAUGUACAGAGAACAGUUUUGCUUGUACAAUAGAUGAGAUUCUGAGAGAGAAAUUAUUUGUAAACGGAACAUUAGUAGUCGGGGGAGAUAAAUGAAUUAAAGAGUUUUAAGUGAUUAUUGGCAUAUAUUUUGUUGGUUA